CAUCUAUUGGCGAAAUAUCUACUGUAAGGUUACCAUAUGUAUUUUAUUUGUCGGUCCUGAUGGUCUAUAGAAUUUUCGGAAAAGUGUGCUUCCAAUUUUUAGUGGCACAACAGAACUGGUUAAAGACCUUAAAGUGGUAAAUUUUGGUCUCAAUCUAAUCACCCAAUUCAGAACUAAGCAGCCAUACUUGCUGCGUCCCAAAAAUUCAAGGGUGCAUUCCCCCAAAGACCGGCAGGACUGUCCAGGACCGAAAGACCGACUGACCAUCUUUAAUUUUACUCUAAACGAGGCUCCAAUUUGUAUAUCAUAAAUUCAUUGUUUUUUUUAUCGUUUUCUAGGCAUUUGUCUUCAUGAGUUCUAUAUUCGACUCCGUGAAACAAGUUCCUGAAACUUUUAGUGUGCCAUUUGACGAGCAUUCAAUGAGUUUUUAUAAAGUUAUAAAUCAGGUGGACUUUGUACCAACUAUUAGUUACUUGUUUGGAAUUCCUAUCCCAAAAAAUAAUUUGGGACUCUUAUUAUUGGAUCUGAUGGUCGAUAUUGAUGCUUUGGAUAAAUUGCGUGCAUUGCAAUUAAAUGCUUAUCAAUUAUCUGGGAUAUUAAAAACAUCAUGGCCAUCGUUUGACCGUAGUCCUAAUGUUACAAGCGUUACAAGCGUAAUGGAUUGCGAUUUUAAUGAUGAUCAAGCACGAUUACAAUGCUUAUAUUCUAUGGCAUAUUACUAUCACGACAAAUCACUCAAUGAAGUCAAUGACAUUAACCAUAUCAAUAAUGCUUUGUUAUUUUAUGAUAAGUUUGUUACAGAUUCUGGUUCGGGUCUAGCAUCAAGCUUUAGUGAUUAUGAUACUACUUCAAUGUUCAUAGGAUUGUUCUUUAUGAUACUUUCUGUAUUUAAUUAUAUUAAAAUUAUGUUGGUUACGUAUAUUCAGUGGAAUAAACGAUUUGAUAACCAAGAUGGAAGUAAAAGUCAACGAAGUCAUUUAGAGUUUCUUAGUAUAAUUGGAAUUAUCGCAUUUUGCAUCACAUUGUUCGCAAGUAGUUAUAUUGAAGAAGAGCAUCAAUUCUGGUAUUAUUGGAUACAGACUAUGUUUAUUUAUUCUGUCAUUUUAAGUUUUAGAUUGAAAAAUCGGACAUUGUUUAUAAAACAGGCAUGUACUUUUAUGUGCCAAAUGGUGUUAGUUCGAUUAAUUAGAGCAUGGAAUCAGACUGGACAAAAAUUUGCUGGAACAAUCGAUUUGAAAUUUUAUCUUAAUACAUCUUACAUCAAAUUAAUGUGGAUAUUAUAUUUUGUAACGAGUUCUGCAUUAACUAUAAUUACAUUAAGAGAAAUUCGCAAAUUAUACAUUAAUAAUAAUUCACGUAGAAAUUCUGUGUUGUCAUUUAUUUUACAACGAUUUACACAGCUGAUAGUAAUAAUUAUCUCAAUAUCGGUAACUAAAUAUAAGUUGGAAAUAGAUGGAGGCGUAGAAUUGUUUCCUAAAUUAUUCGAAUUGAUUUCUUUUAUUGUUAGGACAACUCAAAUUAUAACACUUGCAAGACUUAUUUAUGUGCUACUUAUUGUAAGUCUUGUACUAUGUCAGCUUGGUAUAAUUGUAAAAAACCAAUUGGAAAAGGGUUCAGAGAUAAGAAAGUUUCCAAAAAUAAUAUUAUGUUUAAUAACAUAUUUAUUUAUAUUAUUAUCAAGACCACAUAACGUACCAUUAUAUGGAUUAUAUUUUAUACAAUUUUAUUUAUUUAUAUAUUAUAAUGAUGAUAAUUUUUUAUUAACACCUUUAUCAUGUAAUUUUUUUCUUAUAUCAUUUGAGUUUUUAUCAUUCUUUUCUUUGGGUAAUUCUAAUUCGUUAUCAUCUAUCGAUAUAAGUCAUUCAUAUACCGGUAUUAAUGACUAUAACGUAGUAUUAGUUGGAUUAACAACUUUUUGGGGGAAUUGGAGUGGACCUAUUUGGUGGUGUUUUGCUAGUGUCAUUUUAAGAAAAGAGAUUCUAAUGAGAUGGAAAUUAACAAAAAAAACAAAUAAUGAUGAUAACAUCAGAAAAGUCGACGAUAAAGGUAGUGAUAAAACAAUGCAAGAAAAUAAUGCUAAGGAUUUAUCAUCUUUAAAUACAAUAUUAUUUUUAGAUUAUUUUAUAUAUACAUCACUAUUUCAUUCUAUCGUAUUAUUUAUAUUAUCUGUUGGAGUUAUGAUUUUAAGAAAUCACUUAUUUAUUUGGACAGUGUUUUCACCUAAGUAUUUAUAUCAAAUUGUUUGGAAUAUUUUGUUUCAUUUUGGUGUUGAAAUAAUUUUAAUAGGAAUUUUUGAGAUUUUAAGUAUUAAUUAAUUUUAUCAAUAAAUUUACCUUUAGAUUCAAAAAAUAAAAAUUUGUGCUUCAUCUACUAUAAAGCUAGUACUUUUAUAUUGGUAAAAUAAAAUUGACCCUUAUUCCUGUUAUUUAUUACUACGGAAGAUGUGUAAUAAUAAGUGCCAUUCUCGUGAUGACAAGUCUGGAAUUUUUUUCACAAAAAGCCACAUUAGUCA